CGGAAGGGCAGACACGCGCGUCGAGGGAGGAGGGUACGAAACGCACGAGGGCAGUAAAUAGAAAGAGAGAGAGAAAGAUCCGUCGUGUCGUGACCUUUGACCCUAUCGCGAGCCUGUGUUGUUUUCGGGAACAAUCCACCAGGAUUCGCUGGGCAUUUGAUCUCUCACCGAUCCCGGGAAGGGAGAGAGAGGAAACACGACCGGAAGCGACGAAAGGAAAGAGGAACGGACAUUCGUCGAAGGCCACGAGGACUCCGUCCACACCCGCGUUCCUCCGGUCUCCUUCUCACACGUUUUGUGCGUGCGUCUGGGAGCGCACUCGGUCGCGAAAGACUGAUUUUGCGCGUUUACAAUCGGAGAUCAUCAGUAGUGAGACUUGGUGUGUUUUUAUCUCGUUCGAUCACGCGCGCUCUCUCUCUCUCUCUCUUUCUCUCUCUCUCUCUUUUUCUUUUUCUCUCUUUGCCUUCCGUUCGUCUCACGCUCAUCAGGGGCGUCGUCUUUUGUCGUCAUAGUCUCCUCGUCGUCGCCAGCGACAUGGGCGGAUGUGCUUCGAAGGAUACAACGUCGGGUGACGACAAAAAAAGCAACAAUAUGGUGGACGCAGCGGUUCUGGACAAGCUGGAGACCGGCUACGCCAAGCUGGCGGCGUCUGACAGCAAAUCGUUGCUGAAGAAACACUUGACGAAAGAGGUCUUCGAUCAACUCAAGACCAGGAAGACCUCGUUCGGCUCCACUCUUCUGGAUGUCAUCCAGUCGGGUUUGGAGAAUCACGAUUCCGGCGUGGGUAUCUACGCGCCCGAUGCCGAGGCGUACACCGUCUUCGGCGAGCUGUUCGAUCCCAUCAUCGACGAUUAUCACGGCGGUUUCAAAGCGAGCGACAAGCACCCGCCCAAGGACUUCGGCGAUGUCGACUCCUUUGGCAAUCUCGAUCCGACGGGUGAGUACAUUGUGUCAACUCGCGUGCGAUGCGGUCGCUCCCUGGACGGAUAUCCGUUCAAUCCUUGCCUGACUGAGGCUCAAUACAAGGAGAUGGAAGAGAAAGUGUCCAGCACACUCUCAGGUCUCGGCGGCGAAUUGAAGGGUACUUUCUACCCUCUCACCGGCAUGAGCAAGGAAGUGCAGCAGAAGCUGAUUGACGAUCACUUCCUCUUCAAGGAGGGUGAUCGUUUUCUUCAGGCGGCGAACGCCUGCCGCUUCUGGCCGACCGGACGCGGCAUCUUUCACAACGAUGCCAAGACCUUCUUGGUUUGGUGCAACGAAGAGGACCAUCUCCGUAUCAUCUCUAUGCAGAUGGGAGGUGAUCUAGGACAGGUAUACCGACGUUUGGUGACGGCGGUUAACGAAAUCGAGAAGAGGUUGCCUUUCUCGCACAACGAUCGCUUCGGAUUCCUGACGUUCUGCCCGACGAAUCUGGGCACAACGGUGCGCGCGUCCGUGCACAUCAAGGUGCCGAAACUGGCGUCGAACAAGGAAAAGCUCGAGGAAGUCGCGGCCAAAUACAAUCUGCAGGUGCGCGGCACCCGCGGCGAGCAUACCGAGGCCGAGGGUGGUAUCUACGACAUUUCCAACAAGCGUCGUCUCGGCCUUACCGAGUACCAGGCUGUGAAGGAGAUGAACGACGGCAUCGCCGAAAUCAUCAAGCUCGAGGCCAGCCUCUAAACCCGCCCUUUCGUCCCUUUACCCCCCUCUCAACACCAACACACAUAUUCGUUUAACCCUUCAUCGUAGCCCCGUUCGACGCCACUGCAUUACGUGGCGGUCACACGCUGGAGGCUCUGUCUACGGCGUGAGAAUUUUAUUCUAGGAAUACAAAAAAAAAAAAGUCGCUGGAGGAAAAAACGUUCGACAACGAUCUAGCGCCGGCGACAUCGAGCUAUUACCAGCUAUUUCCGCGUUUCCCAUCUUUAUAUAUAUAUAUAUGUAUUAAUAUUAUAAUUAGCACUGUGUCAAGUACGAUAUAAGUUGCUCUUGUUCUUACAUAAAUAAACUUUUUUUUUGUUUUUUAAAAGGAUACAAAAACCGGAAGAAGGAAAGUUAACUGUGUUAUUUUAUAUCGAUUUUACUUCUCUACACUUCAUUUGUUAAGUAUGCUAUUAUUUUGUGUUUUCAGUAUUAACUUCUACGAUCCGUUAGAAGCAAAAACAAAAUACAGUAUUCAACUAAAGACGAUAAAUGAGAGUGUGAUCAGUGAGAAUAAAUUAAGAGGCUACGCGAGAGCAACUUUUGUCGUACCAUACGCGUUGUAUUUUACAGUAUUUUUUUUGUUUUUUUUUUUUUUAGUUCCGUUCACUUGUUCCUUUUUCUUUGUUCUUAGUGCGUAAUUUUGAAAAUUCGGGAAAGAAGUUCUCGAGGCGGUAUAUUCGCGAGAUUCUUAGUUUUUUCCCUUUUUUUUUUUUUUGUUUUUUUUUUUGUUUCGUCGCAAUCGCUAGUGUAUUCGUUUAACCGAUGACGCAUAGUCACGCGCAUUCUCACACACUUAGUAAUGCUCUAGUGCUAAUCUCCCUGCAAAUUCGUCGUGAUUGUCUAUUAAAUGAGAUAACAAGGAAAGAGAGAGAAAGAGAGAGAGAGAGAGAUAGAAGAGAUAAAAGUCGUCGCUGUUUAAAACGAGAGAGAUUCGUUCGACGACAACGUUUAAAUUGUUCGUUUUGCAAUCCUCACGGAACUAUCAAGAUUCGCGAGUGCUGUUCUCGGUGCUCUGACGGUUUUCUAGUCUGCGAAUGGUGGAAAGCAACAUUCACGUUUUUUCAUUCUCUUUUUUACUACAUGUGAGAGGAAGAACGAAAACAUCCUUGCGCGACGGAAAUUACUACGCACCACCAAAAACACACGCGAGUAAGCGCGCCGAGGUUUAAAGAAGAGCGCUACGGCAAUAUUCUAGAGAAUGUACCAGCCGACAAAAAAAAAACAUUGUACGAUGAGAAUACAAGUAAAUGAAACACGAAAAUAAAAAGACAUACACAUUA